AUGUCAUCAACAAUAUUCUACCGCUUCGUGCAUCAGAAAAAUCAAUCAACAGUCUAUUUCGAUGGAACAGGGAUAAACGUGUUUGAUUUAAAACACGAAAUCAUUCUUCAAAACCUGCUCGGCCAAGGUCUGGAUUUCAUGCUCCGGCUAUUUCACCUGGAGCAGCCUGACGUGGAAUACGAGAACGAUCAAGAUGUCAUUCCUAGAUCAACUUUUGUCCUUGCAAAGCGUUCCCCGAUCUCUGUUUUCAACGGGAGAUCCCAAUCUGCGGCUCGAUAUGUUUCAGGCCGGCCAAGAGUGACUAAAUUUAAGCCACAGGCAGCCGCAACGCAGAAGGCUCCUCUCGUGCAGCCAGAGGCAGGUGUCAAUGAAAAUAUAAGUGAGGAAGACAGAAUACGGUUGAUGUUUGAAAACCAAUCCAAUGUUUGGGCGCAGGCCCAAGAUGAGCUUUCGCAGCAUAAAGUUGUUCACUACAAAUCUGGAGCUGAAGAUUUGCCCCCGCCCGGCUAUGUAUGUUACAGGUGUGGAGGCAAAGACCACUGGAUCAAAAACUGUCCCACCAACUCGGAUCCAAAUUUUGAGGGCAAGAAGAUCAAGAAGACAACAGGAAUCCCAAAGAGUUAUAUGAAGACAAUUUCUAAAGAAACAGUGGAGUACAGGCUUCAGAACCCAGAGAGUAACGAGAGUGGAAUUCAUACAGACGAAAAUGGAGACUUGGUUGACGCUCAAGGCAACACUUACAUGAUAACUGAAGAUGGUGAUUAUGUCAUGACUUUUGCCGACUCCAAAACAUGGGCUCUGUAUCAAGAAAAACAACAAAGCGCAGCGUUGAAGGCACAACGGCAAUUCGAACAGGACGUCACAAACCGCAUCCUCGCAGAUAACAGAACGGAGUUCUUGAACCCUCUUUCUUCAGAGCCCAAAGUUCUCAAAUCUCCGAUUCGUAUGACUGCGUGUUGCCAGGAUGCUGGUGCGCUACAAAAAAUGAAGAAUUAUAACUAUAAUCAGAUUGAGUUAGAGCAAGAGUUGAUUGAAAACGACUUCCAUUGUCCCAAUUGUUGUCAGGAAGACGUUUUCAUUGACUCGCUCAUUCCCAAUGAUACAUUCGAGAAGGAAUUGUCGGACUAUGUUGGUCUGCUCGGACUCCAGGAUCCUACCGCGAUUAAGCGCACGUCGUCUGAAGCCCUAGGAGACGCCAAUAUUGAUAGCAAACGGCGCGACAUCACAAAUACUACAAUGCCAGCACCUACCAUGCCAUUUCCAAUGAUGCCUAUGAUGCCAGUGCCUAAUAUGUUCAUGCCAACCGCUGGCUCAAAUUUUUCUCUGAAUCUGGAGAGCCGUCAGUCUAAAUAG